AUGCAACAUAAUUUGAAUUUGAAGAAUAUUCCUGAUGGAUUUUUCUUGCGCAUGUCAAAUCUUAGAUAUUUGAAUCUAUCCGAGACUAAACUUAGAAAACUUCCAAGAGACGUAAAAUGUUUGGUUAAUCUGCAGUACCCCAACAUUUCAAGGACGGAAAUCUCAGUUCUACCAUCUGAGAUGAUAAACUUGCAAGAUCUGCAAUUUUUGAUCUGUCAGCAUUUGUGGUGGGAUCACAUAACACCUGAUGGAUUGGUCUCAAAAUUGCUGAACCUGCAGGUUCUUGACAUAUAUCCAAAUGGCGAGAUAAAACUAAAGGAGCUGAAUACAAUGAAAGAGAACAUCAAAGCAUUAGGACUGUGUGUAACGUCACUAAAUGUUCUGCAACAACUUUCAGAAUUACCAACAUGGCACAUAUGUUUAGAAAGAUUGUAUGACUUGGUAUCACUUUCAUAUGAUGUUUUAAGUUGCAAAAGCAAUGGAUUCUUGCAAGAGCUAAUAAUCUGUUCAUGUUCACAGCUCGAUGAGAUAGUCAUGAAUGGAAUUGGCACUGAUCUCCGGCAUCUUGACUUGGGUCAUCUUCAGAAUUUAAAGAAUAUUGUUUGGAAGGAUGUGGCGCCUCAACGGUUUUUUUGUAAUCUGCAGCUUCUGACGAUAAAUGAAUGCCGUAAGUUAUCCAGUCUUUCUUGGGUUAUGCAUCUCCCUUCUCUUACUGAGUUAUCAGUGCAAGUGUGUGAAGGAAUCAAAGAGUUAUUUACAGGAGGAGGAUGGAGAAAUUCAGCAGUAUCCGAAGCCCCUUCCUUUCCCAGACUGAGAAGUUUGACACUCGAACAUUCACCGAAUUUAGUGAGCAUGAGCAAUCAAGCAUUGGAUUUUCCUCUUCUUUGCUCAUUUCCAAUUUUUAAUUGUCCGAAUUUAAAGAGGCUUGCAUUCAAACCAGACAUUGUCAACAAAGAAUUUGUACAAAUUCAUUGUGUUAAAAGAGUGGUGGGAGAGAUUGGAGUGGGAAGAUGA